AUGGCGAACUACUCCCCGUACGGGACCACUCCCGCCCCGGAGUUCUUUUUCGAAGACAAGUUUCCCAGUCCGUCCCCGACGCCAUCGCCACGGGGACCGAGUUAUUAUUUCGGCGCGACUCCGCAGCGGCCCGCGACACGAGCUCACUUCCGCAACGGGAGCACCAGUGGCGUUAACAACUACGCCAGUCCCCGUGGGCCUUCUUUCUCGCCUCGGUACACGAGCGACGGCCAAUACGCCACUGCUAAUGUGAGUCAAUCGCGGUCAACGCGCAAGCAAAGUUUCUCGGGUCAGCGGCCCGGGCGCGAACGUCGCAACUCUUAUUCCUACUAUCGGUCUCCAGACCCUCAUGGGGAAUCCGACGUGGACGAGUUUAUCGAGUACAACGGCGUCACCUACGUGCUGCUCGCGCGACCGACGUCGAGGCGAUUUCCGGAUUACUACACUGUCAACGCUGGAGGGCAUGGAACUGAUUACCACUACUAUGCACAGGGCGGUCCUUUCUUCGACAAGGAGGCUGGGUAUGCUUCGCCGCGAUAUGAGCCGGAUCGCCGCCCCGCCGUAAGCCAUGCUCGCCGCAACUCUACCUCGGUGCCUCAGCGGCCCCAGACCGCCCGCCCUACUACCGUCCACAAGAAGCCGCCUCCGCCGCCGCCUGUCCGCCAGGCAACUGAGGCCGAUGCGAGACGGCACAGGAUUCCGCCGGGUUAUUCUCUGAAGAACUGGGACCCGACCGAGGAACCCAUCAUGCUCCUUGGCAGUGUCUUCGAUGCCAACUCCUUGGGCAAGUGGAUCUAUGACUGGACUAUCUAUCAUCACGGCCCUGCCACCCCGAUCUCCGAUAUGGCUGGCGAGCUAUGGCUGCUCCUGAUCCAGCUGGCCGGGAAGAUCAAGCGCGCCGAGGAGAUCGUCCCCAAGAUCCGGACCAAGGACAACAAGGAAAUGAUUGAGGAGUUUAUCGAGGCUGGCGGCCGGAUUAUGGACAGACUCCGAAAGCUCCUCAAGGCCUGCGAAGCACCCAUGCUCCGCUCCAGUACCAAGCAGCGGAAGGAUGGUGUCCAGCUGGGCAAGAACGCCGGCGUGGAGUUUGUUGAGACGCUGUUCGGUCGCGAGCGCGAGCUGGAGAAGACCGAAAAGUUUAUGAAUUCCGUCCGUCUCUGGAACUUCCGCUUCGACACCAACUGCGAGGAGAUCCUCAGGAAGCCAACCAUGUAG